AUGGAGCUAGCAGAGCAGGCGGCGUAUGCCAGGCAGGCGAAGGUUAUGAUGUGCACCAGCGAACAUGCUCCAAUUAAGGAGGAACCGGUAUACCGAGCGAAAUUUCAAGGUCAAGGAGACAGCGGCGCGGUUAUACGGCGUCCUAAUGCUGGCAGGACAUCAUCAGGUCGCGACCAACCGAGAGAUUUUUCUCGUUGUUCGGUCUGUGGCUUGAAGAACCACCAAAGUGAUCCUAAGUUACAAUUGUCAAAAGUGCGGUGA